AUGAACAGCGUUUGUGUGAAGUCUAAAGAGAAUCCUGAUUUUGGGUAUACCAGUUUUGAUCAUUUGGGAUGGGCCUUUCUAUCAUUAUUUCGACUGAUGACGCAGGACAGCUGGGAAUGUCUCUAUAGACAGGUCAUCAGAACAUCUGGGAAAUCCUACAGCAUGUUUUUUUUUGUUAUCAUCUUUCUGUGUUCAUUUUAUCUCUUUAAUUUAAUCCUGGCUGUUGUAUCCAUGGCAUACGAAGAGCAAAAUAAAGCUACUCUCGCACAGACAAAGGCAAGGGAGAUGUUACUUCAGGAAGCAAAAAAAAUACUGAGGAAAGAAAAGGAAAUAGCUUCACGAAGGCGCCUUGCAUUAUCAGAUGAAAGCUUGAAAAUGCCAAGUGAAGAGUCUGAAAAUGAAAAAGAGAAAAGAAAAAGGAAGAGGAAGAAGAAAAACAAAAAUGUAAAGGGCAAAACUUAUGGAGAAGAUGAAACAAUGUUUUACUCACCACCUGAUAAAAAUCAAAAGAAACUUAAGGAGCUGGUGAUGUCUUAUCACCUGCCAAUUGAAAUCCUUGAUGACCCAUUUCAAAGGCAGAAAUUAACAAGCGCUUCUAACGUGAUCAGCAAAACUAUGGGUGAGUGA